AUGCCACUCUCCUCCAUCGUCACCGCCGUGAGCAAAAACCCGAAGAAUGCAAGCACGCUGGCCGUCGUGCCACUGGUGCUUACGUCUGCCGGUAUUGCCACUUACGCUCGCUACGCUGCGUCGCACCCAACCGCUGAAGACAAGACCACGAGUGCUGCAUUGGAACAGGAAAGGGAAGAGAAUUUCCACCAACACGUGGCCCUGGCCUGGAAGGGCACACGAUAA